AUGACAGACGAGGGAUCAAAUUUGUGCACUCCUGUGAAGGAAAUUGAAGUAUUAAAGGCUGCACAAAACAAGGAAACAGAUGAUGAGAUAGAAGAUCGAUCUGAAGUUGAAAAGAGAAAUGAAGUACGUCGCUCUGUCCGUGAACGGGUUCCAACAGAAAAGAUGCUCGCAUAUCAAAGAGAAGAGUCAGAAAAGGCAGAAAAAAUGCUUAUGCAUGCAUAUGAAAAAUGGAAGGAUGAGGCUCGAAAGGCAAGAGGGCUGCUGAAAACAGACAUCACUGAAAGCCAAUUAGCGUCAAUUAUAGACAUAUUGGAAAAUGAAAGAGAAACUGUAAUGAAUGCAUACAUAAAGGUUCGAAGUUAUGCAACACCACCCACUGAUACAAGGAGAAGAAUUGAUGCUUGCGAUGCCGUGACAAAGGAUAUUGUAAAGAUUGCUUAUGAGAGGAUCUCAGGUGUGGAUGGAGACUUUGACAGUGAGCAAGUAAAGGGGCGUCUUCGUGAACUGCUUGAUCGAGAUUAUGCUCGCUCCAUCUAUGGUUCUACGGUCUCACAUAUCAGCUCAAAGUCGAGUACGCCCAUAAGUCAACCUUCAGUGAACUCCAUCCUGAUGGCUAAGCGAAUAGAGGCAGCAGCAGAGCUUGCAGCAAAGGAAGCAGAAUAUGCAACAAUAAUGGAGGAAAAGGAACAAAGGGAAAAAAUACAACUUCUAGAAGAGAAGCAAAGGAAAGAAUUGGAUGCUCAAAGGAGUGAGUUUGAAAGAUUACAAGCAGUGAAAGAGGUAAGAGCUGCUAAAGCAAGACUAGAAGUGUAUGACAAGGAAGAAACCACUCACUCUACUAACCAAAAUGACGAGCUGCUACAGCCUGUAAGCAUUUACACACACAAACCUGUGUAUUCAUCCUCAGUUAAGCCAACACUCAAUGAAAGGGUUUCAUCGCCAACACCCAAUGUGAAUGUGUCUUACCUUGCACAAGCUGUCCAAGACAGUAUAACGUUAAACAGACUUCCUAUGCCAGAGCCCACUGUUUUUACUGGUGACCCAAUUCACUUCAUAGAGUGGAAAGCUUCAUUCCAAUCACUCAUCGACAAAAGACAUAUUUCCUCAGCAGAUAAGUUAUACUAUUUGAAGAAGUAUAUUGCUGGGUCUGCUCUGAAAACUUUAGAAGGCAUCUUUUACAGAAACGAUGAGGAAGCUUACAAGGAUGCAUGGAAAAGACUUCAAGAUCGAUAUGGACAGCCAUUCACUAUUCAAAGAGCAUUUCGAGAGAAACUCGCAAACUGGCCCAGAAUCCAGCCAAAGGACUCUGAAGGUCUCCGAAAUUUCUCAGAUUUCCUGACCACAUGCAAGGACGCUAUGCCUCAUGUGAAGGGACUGGAAAUACUGAAUGACUGUGAGGAGAAUAGGAAACUUGUGAGCAAAAUUCCUGAUUGGGCGGCUGCCCGCUGGAACCGCCAAGCCACACAAACACUGAGUGAGACACAAGAUUUCCCAUCUUUCCAAGAUUUUGCACAUUUCAUGUCCAUUGAGGCUGAGGUGGCCUGCAACCCAGUCACUUCCUUUCAUGCCCUUCAUGUUUCUGAAGCUAAUAAGGAGAAACAUAAUCUCAAGGUUAGUAAGAACAAGGCCAGUGUCUUCCAUACGAAGUUAGUCACGCAGCAUGAGAAUCCAAAGCUCACUAGUAAAAUCACUAAACCAUGUUUGUUCUGUCAAGGUAGUGAACAUCAAAUACAUGAUUGCUCUAAAUUUACUGCAAGAUCUCUUGAAGAGCGAAGACAAUUCAUAAAAGACACAAAGCUGUGCUAUGGAUGUUUGAGACUUGGUCACAAUGCCAGAGACUGUCAUUCCAGACAUAGCUGUAACACCUGUAAGAGAAGACAUCCAACCUGCUUACAUGAUGACGGCUUCAUUAGAAAGUUAAAGUCUUCCUCUCUUCAAGGCCCAGAGAAUGCACAUGAGAAAGUCACAACGUCUUUAAGUGUAGAAUCUGGAUGCACAUCUGCUAACACCUCAAUGAUUGUGCCAGUGUGGUUGUCCUCACAAAACAACCCAGUCUCUGAGAAACUUGUCUACGCUCUGUUAGACACACAAAGUGACACUGUCUUCAUUGAAUAUGCAGUAAGUCAAAGUCUAAAGGUCGACUCAUGCCCAGUGACACUUAAGCUCACCACUAUGGUUGGGAAGGAUUCAUUGAUAUUAAGUGAAAGAGUUUCUGGUCUUAGAGUUAGAGGCUUUAAUUCACCAUUAGUACUAGACCUUCCCACUGCAUAUACUAAAGAAUGUAUUCCUGCGGAUCGUGCCCACAUCCCUACCAGAGAGUCAGCCAGGUGUUGGAAACAUCUUGCUCCUCUGAUAGACAAAAUUCCCCCACUUCAAGACUGUGAGGUUGGUCUAUUAAUAGGAUAUAAUUGUUCCAGAGCUUUGGCCCCCAGAGAAGUCAUUCUUGGAGCAGAAAAUGAGCCAUAUGCUGUUCGUACGGAUCUUGGAUGGAGCAUUGUGGGCCCUUCCUUGACACAUCAUGAGUCACAAAGCAGUCUUACUAUGUGUCACAGAGUAUCUAUCAAGGAGAUUCCUCCUGUAACGCCAACUGACGUGAUUAAAGUGUUGGAGUCAGAUUUCAAAGAUACUGAAGAAAAGACAAGAGUAGUGUCUCAAGAUGACAUUAUGUUCUUGAACAAACUUGGAGAAAGUAUCAGGAUGAACAAAGACAGCCACUUGGAAAUGCCUCUUCCAUUCAAGAGAAGACCCUGUCUUCCAAAUAAUGAGCCUCUUGCGGUCACAAGACUUCAGCAUCUAAAGCGGAGAUUAAUGAAGAACCAGGAGUACAGAGAGCAUUAUGUUAAGUUCAUGGAAGAUGUAAUAGAGAAUGGUGAUGCAGAAAGAGUCAUUAAUGAAGGGAAGGAAGGAGAAAAAUGGUACAUACCUCAUCACGGAGUGUAUCACUCGAAGAAGCCAGGGAAAUUGCGCGUGGUUUUUGACUGCUCUGCAAGAUUCAAGGGAACAUGCUUAAACGAUCAUCUUCUUGUAGGCCCUGACCUUAUGAACAGCCUGACUGGCAUUCUUUUGCGGUUCAGACAGUACCCUGUAGCCCUGAUGUGUGAUAUUGCGAGGAUGUUUCACCAGUUCCAUGUUGACAAAGCUGAUCGUGAUUACUUGCGUUUUCUAUGGUGGAGAAAUGGAGAUUUCAACUCACAGCCUCAAACGUUCCGCAUGAGAGUACAUCUGUUUGGUGCCUCAUCGUCCCCCGGAUGUGCUAAUUAUGGACUAAAGCAUCUUGCAAGAGAAGGUGAACAUCUGUAUCCCCUAGGUUCACAAUUUAUUAUGCAGGAUUUCUACAUGGAUGAUGGAGUCUCCAGUGUGGAAAGUGCAGAGAAGGCCAUAAAGUUGGCUCAAGAAGCUCGCCAACUUUGUGCAUUAGGAGGCUUAAGGUUGCAUAAAUUUGCAUCCAAUGACAAGGCAGUUUUGGAGACAAUACCGCCUUCUGAGUGUACUGUAGAUGUUACAUCUGUCAAUCUCUCCCUCACUGACCAGUCCUUGGAAAGAGCCCUGGGCAUUUACUGGCAUCUUGAACAUGAUCAUUUCAAAUUUCGUGUCAUUAUUAAAGACCAGCCAGCAACCCGUAGAGGUAUACUGUCUACUGUGGCCUCGUUAUUUGACCCCUUAGGGUUUCUCGCACCAUUCUUGUUCAAAGGAAAGGCUGUUCUUCAAGAAAUGUGCCGAAAUGGCAUGGGCUGGGACGAUCCCUUACCUGAUGAUUUGCAGUUGGGUUGGGAGCACUGGAAGACCGAUCUUCUUAACUUGGAGAAGAUUCAGGUGCCUCGUUGUAUUGUGCCUGCUGGGUUUGGGACAAUCAUGAUGAGAGAGAUUCAUCACUUCUCAGAUGCCAGCAUGAGAGGAUAUGGCCAGUGCUCAUACCUUAGGAUCAAGAAUGAGCAAGGCGACAUCCAUUGUUCUUUGCUCAUGGCUAAAUCUAGAGUAGCCCCGCUUAAGGUCACCACAAUCCCUCGAUUAGAGUUGACUGCUGCAGUUGUGUCAGUUGCAGUGAAUGAUAUGUUGAAGGAAGAAAUGAACCUUGGAGAUGCAGAAGCAUAUUUCUGGACUGACUCUCGAGUAGUGUUAGGUUAUAUAAACAAUGAAGCUCGUCGCUUCCACACGUUUGUCGCGAAUCGAGUUCAGAGAAUUCAUCGCACCACAACUCCUCAGCAGUGGCGAUACAUUCCAUCGGAUGAAAAUCCAGCCGAUUAUGCAUCACGAGGUCUGAGUGUUAAUGAUCUGGUCACUUCCAGCUGGUUCAGAGGACCGGACAUUUUGUGGGAACAGCAAAUACCUUCCCCUGUGGAUGUUAACCCACAACUUCCAAUCGGUGACCCAUAGGUCAAAAAGGCUCAAUCACUUAACACACAAACAUUACAGUAUUCCUGCUUAUCCAACCGUUUCACAAAUAUGUCCUCAUGGUCCAAAGUCAUCCAAGCAGUUGCACGCCUACUUCGUCGUGUCAGGAAGGACAAGUCCAGUGACCACAGUACAGUGGCAGAACGUGAGGAUGCCAAGUGCAUCAUAAUUAAGGACUUACAGAGUCAGAUAUAUGCAGAAGAAAUAGCCUUACUCCGUAAGGGCAAACAGCUCCCACGCAGCAGCAGGCUAUACAAUCUAAAUGCCUUUGUUGAUCACAACGGAUUGCUCAAGGUGGGAGGAAGGCUUUGUGAUGCUUCUGCCCCUAACUCUGUUAAACAUCCAGUGUUAAUUCCAAAGGAACAUCACCUUACAAAACUUCUGAUCGCUGAUUGUCAUGAAAAAACGGCACAUCAAGGGAAGGGCUUGACUAUCAAUGAGAUCAGAUCAAGAGGAUUUUGGAUAACAGGAGUAAACAGGACUGUAGCAUCCUUUAUACGACAGUGUGUGAGAUGUCGCAAGCUUCGCAGACCCACUGAAGAGCAAAAAAUGGCUAACCUGCCCUCAGAGCGCAUAGAUCCAUCCCCUCCAUUCACAUACAGCGGAAUGGAUGUUUUUGGUCCGUUCAACACUAGACAAGGCCGUAAAUCGUACAAGAGGUAUGGACUUAUUUUUACUUGUUUCUGUUGCAGAGCCAUCCAUAUUGAGAUGCUGGAUGACAUGUCCACGGACGCCUUUAUCAAUGGUCUACGUUGUUUCAUCGCUAUAAGAGGAGCAGUAAAUCAAAUAAGGUGUGACCAAGGCACUAAUUUCAUUGGAGCCAAGAAUGAACUCACCAAGGCCAUGGAAGAGAUUGACACCAACCGUCUGGUAACAUUCUUAGCAGAAAAACAGUGUGACUUUGUCUUUAACGCUCCCCAUGCAAGUCACACUGGCGGAGUUUGGGAGAGACAAAUUAGAACUGUGAGAAGUGUUCUUCGUUCCACUCUGUCCCAGUCAUCUGGAAGGUUAGAUGAUUCUUCUCUGCGAACAUUUUUCUAUGAAGCCAUGGCCAUUGUAAAUAGCCGUCCACUCACUGUAGAUAACUUAAGUGAUCCCUGCAGUCCUGAGCCUCUAACUCCUAAUCACCUCCUCACCCUGAAAACUACUCAAGCCUUACCACCCCCUGGGAAGUUUGUCAGAGAAGACCUAUAUGGUCGUAAGAGAUGGCGCCAUGUCCAAUACUUAGCGGAACAGUUUUGGGGACGUUGGCGCAAGGAGUAUGUGUCUAACAUUGCAACAAGACAAUGCUGGCUUUCACCAAGAAGGAACAUGCAAGCUGGAGAUAUAGUCUUGGAGAAAGCAGACGAUCUGCCCAGGAAUGAGUGGCGCUUGGCAGAAGUUAUUGAGACUGUCGUUGACAAAGAUGGUUUGGUGAGAAGAGUAAAGAUACGUUUUGGAGACAGAAAUCUGGGAAAGGAUGGUAAACGUCUGAACAAACCAUCAUUAGUUGAACGCCCAGUGCAGAAGCUGGUCCUGCUGCUGGAGGCACACUGAACAUCCUGACAUAUCCUUUGAUUUAAGCAGUUUAUAGUAGAACAAGUUUCAGUUUGCUUUACAUCUAGCCUUAAACAUUGGUAUUUUACUUUAGAAAUCAUUCGUGACUACAGUUUAAAAUUUAUAGUCACACAUGAUUGGUGGGAGUGUAAAUAACCAUCAGUUAUUUAAUUAGUUUCCAGGAUUUAUAUAUUAUUCUUAUAUUAUUUAAUUAUAUCCUUUCUUAAUAUUAGUCAACUGUUUGUUAUAUGUUAUAAUGUUAUUUUACACUCUAUAAGUUAUUUAACCGAUAGAGACUUUUAUUUUGAAAGGCGGCUUGACGGAAGUGCUCAGGGCCCGCUCAUGCACAGAGAGCGCGGAAUACGGAGAAAGAGAGCGCGCAAAGACGGAGACUGCACACGGCGUUAGGAAUUAAGGACACUUUUAAGUGAAUUUAUGCAUCAGAUUGUUGUUUUAUUUUCAGUAUUUUGUUUGCUUUGAGUUUGUUGCUUGACACCUGGUUGGAAAGGAGAACAAGCUCUUACGGUGUUGUGAAGUCUAUAAGGACAAUAAACACAAAAGGAAAGACCGUACAACAUCA